AUGACAAUGCGGCGCAAACGAAAGGCUGCAAAAGCCGCACGUGAAGCGAUACGGCUUACCUUGCAAACAAUUAGCGAGAAGCACAGGAGACCAGUCCGCAAGCAUACAAUUACUCAUGUCAAGAGAAUCAAUUCCAUGGUACCAGAACAAGAGGAUGUAGUCGUCACUAGUACUGAGUUACAGUCCAGUCGGCUGCCAAUUCAAGCAAGCCCAAAACACCCAAAACAAUCAGACAAUAACAAUGAAAUCGGUAAUAGUCCUUCAGGACUGGUUGAUGAUCCUGUAUAUGAUCAACUGAAACAACUGCCUGAUAAACUGCUGGUUCAACUGCCUUGCGGAGUAAUUCGUGAUGCUGCUGAACGUCUUAAAAAUGUUAACUACAGUGCUUUGGCUGGAUUUAUCAUUUUCCGGACUGAUCUUCAUCCGGUAACUCACCUUCAUAUAACCGGCGGCACUUUUUUUGGGAGAAAAAAGAAAGAAGAGAUCAAUUUAAGUUGA